UAAUGUUAUUGAAAAACAUUUUUUAAUAACUACUUUAGAAAAAAAGUCAUGAAUUUAGUAGUACUAGUUUCCUGUUUGUUGAUACUUUGUAAUCAACCAGUCCGCAUACAAGCAAGAUCAAAAGGGAACCGUAUCAUUAGUGGUCACGACACACAGAUCCGAAAUUACCCAUAUACCGCAGCCAUUUACAAAAAAACAAAUAGUGGAAUCUUUUUCUGUACUGGGGCACUUAUCAGCAAUCAGUGGUUAGCAACCGCCGGUCAGUGCGUAACAGAUGCCACAAAAUUUACUAUUCGGCUAGGAUCGGAAAGUUUGAGUCGUGAUGACCCCAAUGCUCUGGACCUGGUUACCAAGGAGUAUGUAUUACAUCCCGAUUUCGACCCAGUUACCUUAGAAAAUGAUGUAGGUCUUAUCAAACUACGGCAGACUGUUACUUUUACUGAAUAUAUCAAACCUUUGAAUUUUACAAGUGAUUUUAUAAAAGACUAUAGAUCUGUUCAGACAGUUGGCUGGGGACAGAUAAGCGAUGAUCAAGCCGGAUUAGUUGAUAUUCUUCAAUAUGUUUAUUUGUUAACUAUGAAAAACGAAGAAUGUAAAAAUAUCUAUGGGCCUCAAAUCUCUGAUAACAUGAUUUGCGUCCAAGGAGACAACAGAAUUGCAGGCACUUGUAGGGGAGAUCUUGGAAGUCCUUUAAUUCUGAUGGAUAACAAUAUCGUAUACUACUUAGUAGGCGUUUCCAGCUGGAUAAGUGCAAAUGGGUGUGAGACCUACGACCCUUCAGGAUUUACAAGAAUUGCACCUUACCUAUCUUGGAUAAAUAAUGUCACUUCAAACGUCUUUACGUAAUAAAGCUUUUAGUUGUUUUUAUAAAA